AUGGCCAACACCGAGCGCACCUUCAUCGAGAUCAAGCUGGAUGGUGUGCAGUGCGGCCUGGUGGGUGUGAUCAUAAAGCGCUUUGAACAGAAGGGUUUCUGCCUCGUGGCCAUGAAGUUCCUUCGGGCCUCUGAGGACCACCUGAAGCAACACUAUAUUGACUUGAAAGACUGCCCAUUCUUCCCAGGGCUGGUGAAGUACAUGAACUCAGGGCCAGUCAUGGCCAUGGAACAUCAUUCAUGGCAGUGA